AAACACGUACAAAAUCCUAAUUAAUUACUAGUAAAUCCUAAUUACUAGUGCCUGAGUGCUUCAUUCUUUGUCUUCAUGCGUAUAUAUAUAAUAAAAUAAAAUAGAUGCUUUCAAAUGCACUAACACAAAGUUACACAAUUAAUACAGAUGAAGAGAUGGAAUAAGAGCCGUCAGAUUGAUCACAUGAUGGUGCAUUCGGAUGUGUUUUCCUCGUAGUCAUAGUGGAAGGUCUCAGGCUCUCCACAGCCACAGCCACAACCACAACCACAGCCACGGCCAUGGCCACGGCCACGCCCACAGCCACAGCCACAGCCACAGCCACAGCCACAGCCAUAGUGAGGUGGUGGAACAAAGGGUUGAUUACAGACAAUGACAGUUGGCGGGCAGUGUUUGGUCCACGUGUACACCAUCCCACAUGAUGCACACUUCAUCCCUCCAUACAUCUCCACGUAGCAUGGCCGAGUGCAGCAAUCCGGUCUGGCCGGCGGGCACAAACACUUCUGUUCGGGCUGAUGAGGAGGAGGAGGAGGAGGAGGGGGGAGGUGGUGGUGGUGGUGGUGGAGGAGGAGGUGGUGGUGGUGGUGGUGGUGGUGGAGGAGGAGGAGGAGGACAACUGAGAUCAACUUCGAGUAUCAACGUCGAGAACUGUGGAGAGAGGUUGAAUAUUUGGAUAAUAGACUCCCUCUCACAAACAGGUAAGAUGGUGGCUAAGGCAUCACUCCACCUUCCCACCUCCAUUGUUGGUGGUGGUGCUACAAACUUCACAUCUAAACUUUCUCCUUUCUUUUACUCAUCCCACCAUUUCUUGCCAAAAGUUCACAACAAACCAGCCAAAGUUCAAGCAAAACUAGGUGGAGGUGAAGGAGAAGUCAAGAGUGGCCAAAAGAAGAAGUUCAUCACUAGAGAAGAAGAACCAGAACAGUACUGGCAAACAGCAGGGGAGAGGGAAGGAGAGAACCCCAUGAAUACACCAUUGCCAUACAUCAUCAUUUUUGGCAUGUCAACUCCUUUUGUCAUCCUUGCAAUAGCUUUUGCUAAUGGCUGGAUCAAGGUGCCUGUCAGGUGAAGAAGGACCCCAGAAAAUCACUGUUGGAUAUAUAGAUCUGCUUUCUUUAAAUUCUCUGUACAUCUUACCACAAUUGUAACAGAUGCCAUACUUGAGCAUCUCUUUGUCAUCUGUUCUUGUUGUGAUGUGCUCUGCAAUGACAAAGUAAAAUGGUGAAGUAUCAUUUCAAUUUCAA